AUGGACCUUCGUGAAGCCAUUGAAAAGGAGCAGCAAACUGACACGCUAGAGACGGCAAAGUUGCUGAAAUCAUUGCCACCAAAGGUGCUGGCCAGGCGCGGGUUGGCAAUGCUCAAUCUAAGCCUGAACGGAGUCUCUACGGGCCUUGGUGGCCGCACUUUGUUCGAGCUCGGUCCUGACAAGGCUAUUGGGCUAUUUGAUCCUGUAGUCAAGGUCGGCGAUAUUGUGCAGGUGGCAAAACAACCAAAGCAGACGGUAGAGCCAGGUGGGUUCGAGGCGGUGGUUGUAAAGGUGUCGAAAGAGUCGAUUGUCGUUGCCUCCGACGAUGACUCGAUUGAGUUUCCUGACGCACGACUAUGGAUUGUAAAACUUGUCAACGAGGUUACCUAUAAGCGAAUUAAGUGGGCGAUUGACCGUUUCGAAAACCACACCACCACUAGACUGCUGGAUAUCGUUAAGGGGUCCGCUGCACCCCACAUUGAACAAGCAGACUUUACCCCGCUGGGUUCUUUGAAUGAUCCGCAGAGGGUAGCCGUCAAACAUGCAUUGGGUUCUGAAGUCGCGGUGAUCCAUGGACCGCCAGGUACAGGGAAAACGGCUACAAUUGUCGAGAUCGUUCGUCAACUGGUGGCUAAAGGUGAACGGGUUUUGAUCUGUGGUCCGUCCAACAUCUCUGUUGACAAUAUCGUGGAGCGCCUUUCUCCUCAUGUUCGUGGUCUCCUUCGAUUGGGGCAUCCGGCUCGUCUUUUGGACUCGGUCAUGAUGCAUUCGCUGGACCUGGUUGCAAAACAGAGUAACGAAGGACAAGUUGUUCGCGAGUUGCAAACCGAGAUCAAUCAGGUCCUGGGGAAAGUCAAAAAGGCCCGCGGCUCCGAGCGUAAAGCUCUUUGGAGUGACCUCAAAACUCUGCGAAAGGAUUAUAGAGUCCGUGAAAAAACUGUCGUUCGGGAUCUCAUUUUGAAGGCCAGUGUCGUUGUUGCAACGUUGCACUCGGCAGGCUCAAAAUAUCUCGGUGAUGCCGUCAAUUUUCUCGGCGGUAUACCCUUGUUCCAUACUAUUGUCAUUGAUGAGGUUUCACAGGCCUUGUUGCCCCAGUGCUACAUCCCACUGGUGAUCGAGCCCAACGCUAAAAGGCUCGUUGUCGCAGGCGAUAACAAGCAAUUACCUCCAACUAUAAAAUCAACUGAAUCUUCUGUUUUAAAGACUCUCGAGCGGACCCUCUUCGACCAACUUGUUGAUAGCUGUGGUCCAGCAGUGAAACACCUUAUCACGAUUCAGUACCGCAUGGCCCAGGAAAUCAUGGAGUUUCCCUCGAAAGCAAUGUAUAAUGGAAAGCUAAUCGCCGACAAGUCAGUUGCUUCCCACCGUCUUUACCAUCUUCCUCAUGUCGAGAAAAACAAUACCACUGAAUCCGUCGUCCUUUGGGUUGACACCUUGGGUGAUAUGUACCCUGAACAAAAAGAAGAAGAGGCGUUUUCCACCAAAAACAUCGGUGAAGCAGAGCUUGUUGCAGGUUUUCUUUCGAAACUCUUGGAUUCUGGGGUCAACCCAGACGAAAUCGGAGUCAUCUCCCCGUACAAUGCUCAAGUAGGAGAACUGAGGCGACUGCUACCUUCAGUAGAGGUUUCAACUGUGGACGGGUUUCAAGGUCGCGAAAAGGAGGUUAUUUUGAUAAGUCUUGUGCGUAGUAACCCUGAUAAGGAAGUUGGGUUCGUUGCAGAUGAUAGGCGGAUGAACGUCGCCAUAACCAGACCACGCCGCCAGUUGGUGAUUUUCGGUGAUAGCGAAACAAUUGGUGCAAAUGAUGGAUUCUUGAAGAAUUGGGUGGAAUGGUGCCAGGAUAACGCAGAUAUCGAGUAUGCAGAUAGCUAA